AUGACUAAGGGAUUUUCCAUCACCAGGGGUAAAGUAGACUCAACCUUGUUUAUCAAGAACUUAAACAAAGAAAAACUAUACGUUCAAAUUUUUGUUGAUGAUAUUAUCUUUGGAUCAACUAAUCAUGCUUUAUGCAAAGAAUUUUCUAAGACUAUGCAGGAUGAGUUCGAAAUGUCUAUGAUGGGAGAGAUGACUUAUUUUCUUGGUCUUCAAGUCAGGCAAGCCAAAAAUGGAAUUUUCAUUAACCAAUCCAAGUAUUGCACUGAUCUUUUGAAGAAAUUCAAAAUGUUGGAUUACAAGGAGGCUGCAACCCCUAUAGCAACAAAUUGCUACUUGGAUCUUGAUGAAGCUAGUAAGGAUGUUGAUCAAAAGAUGUAUAGAGGUAUGAUCGAAUAUUUACUAUAUCUAACUACUAGUAAACCUGACAUAAUGCACCAUGUGCGUCUUUGUGCUAGAUUUCAGUCUUCUUCUAAAGAAUCACACUUAACUACUUUUAAAAUAAUUUUUAAAUACCUUAAAGGAACCAAAAGUCUUGGACUAUGGUAUCCAAAUGGAACAAAUGUUCUUCUAGAAGGAUAUAAUGAUUCUGACUUUGGAGGCUCUAAGCUAGAAAGAAAGAUCAGUAGUGGCACUUGUCAUCUACUUGGAUCUUCGUUUGUCUCUUGGAAUUCCAAGAAACAAGCUUGUGUGGCAUUACCUACCACAGAAGCUGAGUACAUAGUAGUUGGAAGUUGUUCUGCACAAUCUCUUUGGUUUAAGAGUCAAUUAGAAGAUUAUGGUAUUGCAUUAGAUCAUAUUCCUUUAAAAUGUGACAACACAAGAGCUAUUAAUCUGACUAAAAAUCCUGUUCUUCAUUCAGAAACCAAGCAUAUUGAAAUAAGACAUCACUUCAUAAGCGACCACAUCCUCAAGGGUGAAAUAAAGGUCGAAUAUGUAGAUACCUUACAUCAAUGGCUUGAUAUUUUACAAAACCAUUGA